UACAAACACACACAGAGCUCCUAUUGUUUGCAGCCCUUCACAAGCCCACUGAUCCUAAUAUGGAAUUCAGCAGGAAACCCAUGAUUUCCUGACACACAGCAAGCUGAAGAAAGAAAGGAAAAACUCCAUUAAAAACCUCCAGCUUUCCUCCAUGUUAGACAUGAAAUGGAAAAUGGAGUGGAUUUAGCAGGAAUCCCCGAUUCCUCUGGAGAAGGGGAGAAGAGAAUCAACACCUCAGACUGCUGAUAUUUUUAAAGUUGCAAUAAAUAUCAAGGUCUCUGUGACAGGAUGAGUGUUUCCUGACUCAAGCUCACAAGAAAGGACAAUCCUUUUUUUAAAAUCGAUGUAUCAUUUAUUUACCUCAAUGCUUCUCUUUACGGAUAUGGUAAUUGCUCGAGGCGGCUGGAACAGCCUGGAAAUAUUAGUAUGAUUUCCUGAGGUUGAGAGCGUCCCAAACUCAGGAAGAGUCAAUACAAUCGCACUUCAUUUUUCCUUCAUGUGCACUUGGAAGUCCUGGGACCAGCAGCAGCACCAGCAAGAAUGAACUGCAAGGAAGAAGAUGGCAACAGCACCGACUGCAGCAGCAAUAACGUGAAGAAGAUGUUGAAGUGCGUGGUGGUUGGGGAUGGUGCGGUUGGGAAAACCUGUCUGCUGAUGAGUUAUGCCAAUGAUGCCUUCCCGGAGGAGUACGUGCCCACUGUAUUUGACCACUAUGCAGUGACUGUGACUGUCGGAGGCAAGCAGCACUUGCUGGGGCUAUAUGAUACUGCAGGGCAGGAGGACUACAAUCAGCUGAGACCCCUCUCCUAUCCCAGCACAGAUGUGUUCUUGAUCUGUUUUUCUGUGGUGAACCCUGCCUCUUACCACAAUGUCCAGGAAGAGUGGGUGCCUGAACUGAAAGUCAGCAUGCCGCAUGUGCCUUAUGUGCUCAUAGGAACACAGAUUGAUCUUCGUGACGAUCCCAAAACUUUGGCUCGACUACUUUAUAUGAAGGAGAAACCCCUCACUUACGAACAUGGAGUGAAGCUGGCUAAAGAGAUUGGAGCACAGUGUUAUUUGGAAUGUUCAGCCCUGACACAGAAAGGCCUUAAAACAGUCUUCGAUGAAGCAAUCCUCACCAUUUUUCACCCUAAGAAAAAGAAGAAACGCUGCGUGACGUGCCACAGCUGCUGUACAGUGGUAUGAGGUCACUUGAAAAGCAAAGCAGGACAGUGCUCUUGUUCAACUAAACCCCCCAGGUUAGAAUGGCAAUGAGCGUCACACGCAAACUGAAAUGGGGAACAUGACCAGAAAGGAGACCUAUUAAAUCAUAUACGAUUCCUCCAUUCUGUGAAACCUCAGGCUGUAACGUGUUAGCCAGCUAAUGUCUAUUUGCUUUCCUAACCCUAUAGAGCUGUAUGCAGCCUGUUCCCACACUAUGCUCGUUUGCACUGACCCAGUAUAAAACAGGAUGUCUGCUAAUGGCUGACUCUGAAUCAGGUUAGGGUGCUGUGUUGAAAACUUUAAAGACACUGUAAAACCACCAAGAAAAACUUCAUUUGUGGCCUUAAGCAAGAAUUGAUCAAAAGUAUAAAUUUAUAAUACUUAAGAAUUAAAUAUGAAUGGAUCAAAAGCACUGAGAAAUCAUUAGGAGUUUAAUAUGUAAUCAUAUACAUUAUAUAUAGGAUAUACUUUCAAAUUACUUUUCUUUAUAAAAUACUCACUCAUUUCAGGAUCUACUUUAGUUUGUUUAAAAUGACAUGAAAGCAAAGCGGUAGUGACUCCAAUUCCCAGUCAUUUAACUCAUGUUACAGCAUCAAGCCAUCAAAAUGGAUCAAUAUUUACCUCCAGAUUGAAGGAAUGUUCUUUUUACUACACAAAAUGACAAAUAUCGCCGUUUUACACAGAAUGUGUCCAGGCUGAGCCAGGGGGUUUUCAGAAGCUGGGUGAGGGAAAACAGUGUAAGUGAAAAACUGUAGCAUAAAUUUGCAGAAACAAAGUGAUCAUAUCACCAAAAAAAAUCUUGUGACAGACAUGAAAAACCAGGGAGGUGUUGCAUUAGCAUGAGUAUUAUAAAGUCACUCUACAGAUUGGGUGCAUUUCCACAUCUCACCCAGCGGAUGAAAACAAAACCAAACAAGCCAAAGUCACAUUGAUGUGAAGUGCUUUACAAUGAUCCAGUUGCCUUAUUUGAAAUAGUUUUUUAGAAAUGAUCUUGUGUAAAGGUAUUAAUUGGAGCGGACUUUUAAACAUGUCUAUUUACUGUAGUCCUCUCUUCAUUGCUUUGUCUGUGUCGUCCAUGUUCAUUAUUGCAAUUAGCAGUUAAGGUAUAGUGUGGGUAUGCUACUCAGGAACUUUCUUUCAGACAAUAUGCAGGAUGAUGUGCUGCGGCAUGCAGUCCGGAGACAGGAAGCCUGAACCUCAAGGGAAUGAAAGCUGACAAUAAGCACUCUUUACUGUUGAAUAAAGUGGGCCCUUUUGCUAAGGUUUCUCCAGGGAGCCUGUUGUUUUGCACAUCACAGCAAGAUGCCGUUAUACCACAGACACUCGGAGGUGAACUGUGAGGGUGUCUUAUUACUUACAUCUGCCUACGAGUGCCUUGGAAAUGCCCAUGUAGCUGUCUUGUUAUGGAUUUCAUUUCUGAUCGUACCUCUCCAAGGCAUACAAUUACAGUGCCAGCAAAUCCAUGUUUCUAGACCUAUAAAGUAAUUCCCUGAAAAAAGCAACUGCCAGAGUCAGUGUUUCCAGCCCUAGUAUGGAACUGCACCCUCUCUCACCAGCAAAGUACUAGCACGGGGAUUAAUUUACCCACCCAGUGCUUGGAACAGCCAGCAUUCUCCUCUUCGGAUGUACUGUACAGUGCUUGAGUCUACAGAAGGGCAGCUAGACAGCCUCUGCCAUUAACAGGAGAUUGAGGAACCAAUCCUACAGUCCUUACUCAGGCAAAACUCCCACUGGCUUCAGUGGGAUUUUGAGUAAGGACUGUAGCAUUCGGCCCAAAGUAAGCAACACCAUAGAUACAAGGCCCAAUCCCAUAUUCAUUGCAAUCAAAGACAAAACUCCCAUUGACUUCAGUGAUGACAGUAUCCUUUACUACACAGAUAUUUAUAGAAGGUUUUCCUAUGUGAGAUCGUUGUCAUUAUAUUGUAAAAGCCUUGCUCUGGAUUCCAGCUGCACGGCGCCCAUUAAAAUCAGUGGGGAGUACAUGGCUAGAAUGUACUGGCUGUAACUUAAGGGUAAAUGAAGCAAUUUCUGUUUUAGUAAAUGCAACUCAUUAGAAUUCAAGGGCCCUCAAGCCUAAGGACACUAAUUUAUGCUUUGCCGUUGACUCUAAGAGAGCAGGAUCAGAUGCCAAAACAUUUAUAUCAGUACAGGUCUCCCAUUAUCUCCGAGACGCAAGGGAUAUUUAGCUAUGGUAUUGGUAAAUAAGCAUCUUUUGCUAUAUUAUUGCUAAGGAUACGAUUCUGUCGUGGAGGUUAAUGAUUCCAUGACUUUCUGGGACCUCCGGGACUUCUUCCAGGGCAGGGCUGGAGCAGGUGUCAGCCCCAGGACCGCCAAAGCAGCAGCUCCAGGGCUGAAGCAACGGCCAACGUUAGGUCAGCCCCACUGGGGCCGCUGGAGCAGAUAGCUGGUGGUUGAUCUCAGGGUCACCAGACCGCAGUCCCCCAGCCUCUGGAAUGGUAGCCGGUCCCAGGACCACCAGAGCAGUGAUCCUCCAGGCUGCCGGUCAGCUCUGGAGUCGCUGGAGCAGCAAUCCCUGGGCAGCUGGAGCAGCUGGCCAGCAGUUGCCCCAGAGCAGUGGCUGGGCUUGGAUGAGCCCUCCUGAGAAUGGAGCAGCAGCGGGGUCAGCCCCCAGUAGCACUGGUUGUUAGUCCCCCAUCCUGCCCCCGCAAGGUAUUUUUUUUGUAAAAGUCAGGAACUGUUUAUUGCCCCUGACCUGUCCCUGACUUUAGUAAAAAUACCCGUGACAGAAUCUUAACCUUAAUUAUUACACAGUGGAAUUGUGAUAAACAUUGGGUCACUGUCCGUGGACAUGGCUGAAAAUGAAGUUGUAGUAAGUCAGAGAUGCUAAAGGAAAUCCUGUGUGCGCCUUAGGGUAUAAAUCCCUAGUGAACACUCUGGAUCCCCUUUCAUCCUGUCAAAGGGGUUGCCUUAGAAUAUGUUGACAGAAAGUUUGGGAAACGUAGCUCAGAGCAGAAAGCAAGCCCGGCGAUGAUGCCAUUUUCUUCCGUACGAAAGGAGCUGUGGUUUGCAUCUCAGUUAGGUGAAUGUGUUAAUUUCCUAGUGCAGCUGGCUGCAGGUAGCAUGUCUGGCAGUGGGUUCCCUGGACUCCCACGUAUCAGAGGUGCAGCAGGAAAGCUAGGAGCAGAUUGAAUAUAGAAAUGUUUGGGGACUAUUUUAUUGACUUAGGGCCUGACCCAAAUCCCCAUGACAUGAACAAAAGCCCCGCUCCCCCAACAAUUUGUUUCAAAGGACUUGGUAUCAAGGAUUUAGAGCUCAAUCUAACCUCACUGAGGUUUGCCACUGAUUUCAGUGGAAGACGGCAUGCUUAUUCCGUUCCCCGGGAAUUGAGUCGAUAUACAGUAUACAUAUACCUAUGAGUCCCUGGGUAAGGGAGAAAUGGGGGCCAAGUGUCUUUCACCUGAACUGCAAUACAUGCCCUAAGGUUGGAUCUGCCAGAUAAUGUUACAGCUUCUCUAAACUGAAGAGAAACGAAAACUCUAGAUUGACAGCUGAGCUUAUCAUAAAAUAAUAAGUACUUUGGAAAAAUGCAAUAUAUCAUUCCCAUCGUGCCUCUGAGGAAGCCACAAAUAAUCGAAUGAUGGGGUUUGGGUGCUGUUUAAUAUCAAUGGUGCCUGUUAAUAAUGAUGGUAUGACAUAUGAUAGGCAUGUUAAAUCAGAAAUUAAAUUACCAAUUAUAUCAUUACUAUAACUGCAGUAAUUUUGGGAAACUAAAUACUGUGAUAAUAGAUGCUAAAAUGCUAAUAUCCUCAUAUAUUGAAAACUACAGACCUCUGUACAAAUCAUUGCAUAGCAGAGAAAGCAGAUGGAGGAAUAUUAUUAUUCAUGAAAAAAUAUUUUAAUUAAUGCGAGGCAAGACUUUUUUGCACUUAUAAAGUGAAGUAAAUCAAUUUUGCAAGGUGAUAAAACUGUGAAUUAAAGUGAUGCUUUCAAGCUGCUUAUGACCAAAAUUUGACCUAUCCUCAAAGGGUAACAAUCCACUUAGAAAUGGCCUCUGGAUUCUAUGUAUUUUUUAAUUUCCUGCCAUCAAAAAGAAAUGUUUUAAAUAUACCCACACUUUAUGUAGGUCCUACAAGGCCAAAUUUUCAAAAAGCCUCUUUAAUUGCCCCCUUGUCUCCCAGCCCUGUAUUUGUGAGUGCACAUAUUUCUAUGCCCAGUAACUUCCCAGCUGUAAAACUCACUAUGUAUUUUUGAGGGAAGGAGCUCGGCUUGCAUGGGUAAAUGUGAGUUGUAGAGGCACAAGUUGAUGCCCUUUCCAAAUAUUGUGGGCAGAGUUAAGGAUGACCUUUGAAAAUUGGCCUACAGUACCUUUUCUGCUACGGAGCCAGCAGAUGGAGUAUGAACUGAUGAGCAAAGACUUGUUGUGACAACACUGAUGGUUCUAAAGCAGAAACACGGAAAUGAAUAGAAACAUCAGAUUAUUUUUCAAGCACCAUUAGAAACAACAGAAUCAAUAAAUAUUUGCCUACUGAAAGGCUGUAGACCAGCAAUCUAACGUUACGGUGCCAAGCACCUGCAGUGCCCACUGGAAAUCAGGCCCUGAAUUCAUAAGGAAGGCAAAUGUUAUUUUAAAGCCUAUUAGAAUAAGUAAAGAGUAAAAACUACUCCAAGAAAUUAUUUGACAAUGAUAAUAGUUUAUCUCAAUUGAUGUCAAAGCCGUUUCUGACAGACCUACUUUUGUUAAUAGCCUAUUAUCUUUUCAAAUGCUUUCAGAUCUUAAAAAGAAUGUGCUAAAUCCUAGCCUGGGCCUUUUUUAAAAAACCUACAUAUUCUAUCAAGAGUUGGUUUUAAUUAAUAACUAAAAUGUAAAUAGGGUCCCAGCAAAAAUUUGCGUGGUGAGCUCUUUGACGGUGCAUGCCAAUAAAUGGAUGCUUUGUUGUCACACCGGGUCUGAUCAAACAAUCCUAAUGCUUACAGGACUUCCAGAGACUUCAACCUCAGUUAUGUAUAUAUAUGUAAUGCAGGAGAGGGCACUUAGCAAUUAAACAAAAUAUAUUCCUGCAGAUAGGAGGGCUUGUCUGUCUUGCAUGAGAAAUUUCUUCAGCCUAAUAAAAUUCAAGAGCUUUUCUAAUUAAUUUGGAAGAAGGCUUUUGUCUUUAUUAUUAUUUUUACGGGAACAAUUCUGAACCAAGCUGCCACCAGCGACAAACUUUGUUAAGCUUGGUACUCUUAACAUACAAACAUUCUCAAGUCCAUAAAACUGAAUGCAGAGCCUGGGGCAUGUGGCCUGGACUUGAAAACUAAAGCUGAUCUUUUCAGAACUGUCUGAAUUGGGCAUUCAGCUCCCUUAGGCAACUUUAGAUCUCUCAGCCUAAAGGUACCAAAGUGGUAUCUAAUGAGGAGCAACAAGAAAAAUGUUUGCACACAUAUAUUUAAAGACCCGAUCCAAAAGCCGCUGAUGCUGAUAGGAUCCUUUCAGUUGACUUCAAUGGGCUUCCAAUCAGGCCCUAAAUUCAACAAUAAUAUACGCUAUGUUUAGUGGUAUUUCUGUGAUCUAUUUUAACGAGAUUGCCCAUGUUGCCUGUUCCCCUGUCAUGUCAUGUAGGAGAGGAUGCUACUGACUUAGCGUGGGUCAGAUUGUGGCUGGCCCUGCACGCUGGUGCAAUGGAGUAAGGGGAUAUGAGGCGCACCCUUAUUCUUUUGUGUCAUACCACCCCUUGUAGCACAUGGGCAGUAGCAGGUUGCACAGCACCAGUAUGUCUCUCUCCCUUUUGCCCUGUAGGUCCUAGCCCUAGUGAGUAUGCGUAUCUCUCACUGAUCUGCCUUUUAAAUAUCUACCGCACAACUUGUAAAGAACAAGCUGUUACAUCAGCUCAAGAAACAAAAUGUUUUUCUCAAGAAGGGCCCAAUCCGGCACCCAGUGACGUCAAUGGGAGUCUUUCCAUUGACUUCAGUGGGUUUUGGAUUCGACCCUGAAAGCCUGCAUUGUUAAUAAUCUGAGAAUUAAAUGCUAAAGAUUAAGAUAGCUCAGAAAGGAAGCCCUCCUCCCACUGGUGUCAGUGGCCAAACUCCCACUGAGUUCAACAAGAGCAGGAUCAGGUGCCUGAAAGACAAGCUGCAACACCAAAGAGGUUUGCUUGAUCAGUGUCUCCCAUCAAAAUCAUAGAAUCACUGAAUAUCAGGGUUUGAAGGGACCUCAGGAGGUCAUCUAGUCCCACCCCUGCUCAAAGCAGGACCAAUCCCCAACUAAAUCAUCCCAGCCAGGGCUUUGUC